CGCGUUUUGGGAGACUGAUCUAGGGCUCGGACCACAGCGUAGGAGAUGACGGUGUCAUUUGCAGAGUAAUAAUCAGUCAGGCCCCUUCUCCUACCCGAGUCGUGGAGAUACCCAGGAGACCUGACUUGCCCCAAAGGGGUAAUUAAGUGUCAUGGAUCGUGGCAGUAUUAGUCCUGGACCGAGGGUGUACGAUGUUUUGUCUCUUGACACACAAGAAUCUCACGUCUCGCAAGCUGUGUGGAACACUGAAUAUAAAAGGGUUCUUAAAGUUAGACGAGCGACACAAGGUUUAGAUGCCGACCCACAUUCCCCCGAUAAUAUUCCAGAGCCGGUUUUGGAUCACUUGAGGUGUGCUGGCUUUUAUCAUGUUGCACGGAUGCGUCAUUUGCCGAUUGAUCAUGCAUUGAUUAGCGCUCUUGUGGAGAGAUGGCGCCCAGAGACCCAUACAUUUCAUAUGCCACAGGGUGAGUGCACCAUUACAUUGCAGGACGUGGCAGCCAUACUAGGUUUGCCCACUGAUGGCCCACCCGUUAUAGGCAGGACGUUUGCUCCUUGGCUAGACGUGAUUAAGGAGAUGUUACAUGUGGCUCCAUUACCACAGGAGCUAGAGGGAGGCAAUGUCCGCAUGACAUUUUUAGAUCGUCAUUAUGGUCAUUGGGUACAACACAAGGGUGAUCCAAAGCAGGAGCUACUAUACACACGCGCAUAUCUAUUACGCCUUAUUGGUGGUUUCUUAUUAUGUGACAAGUCAUCGAACAAGGUGCCUGUACGAUAUAUUGAAUUCUUGGGAAACUUCGAGGUGACUGCCACAUAUAGUUGGGGUUCCGCUGUGCUUGCUCACCUGUUUAGGGAGCUAUGUCAGGCGACUAAUCCUGCUCAGAAGGAAAUGAGUGGUUGCUCUACAUUGCUGCAGUUAUGGGCUUGGACCAGAUUCCCGCCUAUCUCACCCGGUGUUCCACCUGUGGCUGAUCCUGCAGACCAUUAUGGUCGGAGGUUUAAUUUUCUGCCCAAACGUAUCGCCCCUAAUGAUCUGAAUCAUUAUCGGUUCACACUAGAUACGAUGGGUCGAGAGGAGAUUGUAUGGCAGCCUUACAUUGGUUACCAUUUUCUCGGUGCAUCUGUUGAGACUCAGAGGUUGUGGAGGGUGGUCACACCGAUUAUAUGUUUUCAUAUUGUCGAGAUGCACCAAGCAGAUCGAGUUAUGCGCCAGUUUGGGAUGGAGCAGCCAAUCCCAGUCGCUCCUUAUCUACUACAUGGUGUACAUGACCUUACCCUUCGAGGUAAGACGGCUGAAGAUUGGUCAGUCAAGUUGAGAUUAUAUAUAGAGCGGUGGGAAACGCGCCACACACGGUUUGUGGAGGGCACUGAUGGAGGGGAUGUUUACUUGUCACCAAAUUCAGAGUAUAUGAUUUGGUAUAAGAAUAUUACCAGGCGAUAUAUGACUUUGAAGGCGGCCCAUAUUGGACACGUGGUUGAUGGAUUGGAGAUGGCAUGGUGGAUGGCUAUUGAUGCACCACGGGAGGACCUCCAAGCGGAGUUGGGGCGAUUGAUUUUUAUGUUUAGGGAGUGGCAGCGGAUUGCUGAGCCUGGAUCUGCAGCGUGUCCUAGUCAGGUCAUUCAGGAGCCAGAGCCGCAUGUGGAGGUACCUCCCCGUGCUAGAGAGGGUCACGGACUUGGUAGACGUCGUCCACGCAUUCCUGCACAGUUUGUUAAUAUUCCACAACCUGGACCACGUGGGGCAGGGAUAUACAGACCACCACUAUAUCCUUCUGGUGAGCCACACCCCUUUGUAUAUCCACCAUAGAUGUAAUAGCUGCAGAUGCAGCAACCUCGGGCUUUUGGAUAUCUACCCGAAAUGCACAUGACUCAGCCUUUUGGGUAUAUCCACCGAGCCAACAGACCCAUACCCAGAGCUAGCCGCCAUUAUUAUGACUUAUUGUUGAUUGCAUUGUGAUGAUUGGCCCGGAUAAUGGGAUAAAAUUAAACACAAACACAUCAACAGUACAUUAACAACUAGUGAAUAUGCAUUGUUCUUCAACUCAUCAACCAUAAUGGUGAAGUUUUGGUGAAUUUUCUUCUUC